UUGUAUCCAGGAAAGUUGACAAACUUAACGUGACGUCAUCGACAAGUCAUGUUUUCAAAGGUUGGAAUGGCGAGCAUGGGCUGGGCGGAGCUUGAUGCUUCCUGACGUCUGAUUGGCUGUCAGCCUUCUUUAAAGUCCCUCCCCAGGAGAGUCUUGUUGUCUCCGUGAAGCGCGGACUUCAUUUCCCGGGAAGGACGAGCAAAGAUCGGCCAUGACGUCAACAAUCGGCAGGAAGAAGUCGACUCUUCGGUGAUCCUCCUUCACCUGUCAGCAGGAGGACCACGUGGUGCUCUUUACGCGCAGCCGCUUUACGCAGGACUUUAGGAUGAGCAGAGCCGGUGACGUCAUGGAGGGGAGCUACGCGGAGCCGCAGUCGUCCUACGGAGACUCCGCGGCGUCUUCCGGCGGCGGCGACGUCUUCCCGGCCUGCAGCCUGCUGGACACUCCACACCUGUUGGAGCGUGCAGGUGACGUCACGCCCUGGGAGCACCUGGCCAAAGUCCAGGGCACAGGUGUGUCCGCGCCGGAGAGUCUGGCUCAGAGUCAGGGCGGCGCGGGUUCGAGUCUGGUGGCGGCGUGCAAGUUCAUCAAGGACGAGGAGGAAAGUUCCGUCAUCAUGGAGGCGCCUUGUCCGGAAGUCCUGGACACCUGCCGGAAGCAGAGCCAGUUCGGCUUCGGUGAUCCGGAGUUUGCCCCGGUGUGUGCCAGAGCCUCCCAGCCGGUCUUUGUGCACCAGGCGGACGGCAAGGGGAGCCUGCACCUGGACGCACACCUGGCCGUGUACAAGGGCGACCUUCCCCGCUGGCAGGUGCCCGUCAGUCCCGCUGAGGCGCACUUCUGGUGCCAGCCUGCGGAGGAACACUUCUCUCAGGGAGUCCACGGCCAGGUCCACAGCCAGGUCCACAGCCAGGUCCACAACCAGGUCCACAACCAAGUCCACAGCCAGGUCCACCAGCAGGUCCUCCACCACAGGACACAGACACCUUUCAGCGCCUUUCAUGGAUUGCCCCCUCAGAGGUCAUGUGUGAUCUGUGGAGACGAAGCGUCAGGUUGUCACUACGGAGUUGUCACCUGCGGCAGCUGCAAGGUCUUCUUUAAACGAGCAGUCGAAGGUAAUCAACCUUUUUAA